AUGCAAGAUGCCAAAACUAAACGAAUAGAAAGAUCGAUGGAAGAUUUCGAUCCUGAAAUCGCGCGUAUGAUCGGGUCUGAGGAACGUCGUCAAAGAGUUGGUCUGGAACUGAUUGCUUCGGAGAAUUUUGCAAGUAAGGCAGUUCGCCAGGUUCUGGGUAGCUGCUUGACCAACAAAUACAGUGAAGGAAAUGUUGGACGUCGCUACUAUGGUGGAAACGCGUUCAUCGAUCAAAUAGAAACUCUUUGUAUGAAACGUGCCUUAGACCUCUACGAGCUAGACACAGAAGAAUGGGGUGUCAACGUUCAACCCUACUCAGGUUCUCCUGCCAAUUUUGCCGUAUACACGGCUCUUUUGAACCCCCACGAUCGCAUUAUGGGUCUUGAUUUACCGUCAGGUGGUCAUUUAACCCAUGGUUUUCAAACACCAAAGAAAAAAGUGUCGGCUACGAGCGUUUACUUUGAAAGCAUGCCAUACGUGGUGUCUGCGGAUACGGGUUUAGUAAAUUACGAUGAUAUGGAAAAGAGAGCAAAGAUGUUCCUGCCGAAAUUGUUGAUUGCAGGAGGCUCUGCGUAUCCAAGAGAAUGGGAUUAUUCUCGAAUGCGUCAAAUCGCUGACUCGGUCGGAGCCAAGCUCAUGGUCGACAUGGCCCAUAUUUCCGGCCUCGUUGCCGGUAAGGUAGCCGAGAGCCCUUUUCCGUAUGCUGAUGUGGUCACUAGCACAACGCAUAAAACAUUGCGAGGGCCAAGAUCAGGAAUGAUCUUUGCUCGUCGCGAAUACAUAGAUGCUGUCAAUUCCGCAGUCUUCCCGUCACUACAAGGAGGACCACAUAAUCAGCAAAUCGGAGCACUUGCUGUUGCUUUGAAAGAAGCUACCGAACCAGACUUUUUGAAGUACACCAAAGACGUAAUUGCUAACGCCAAGGCCCUUGCUGCGGGUUUAGAGAAAAGAGGACACGUAUUGGCAACUGGAGGGACCGACAAUCAUCUCAUGCUCUGGAACGUUCGUCAACUUGGUCUGACCGGUUCCAAGGUGGAAAAAGUGUUAGAUCUGGCUAGUAUCACAACGAACAAAAACAGCAUACCAGGAGACACGUCGGCUCUUAAUCCAGGAGGCGUCCGUCUCGGUACUCCCGCUUUGACUUCCCGUGGAAUGAGUGAGAACGACUUUGAAAAAGUUGCAGAAUUUUUGCACCGAGGCAGUGAAAUUGCUCUCAAGGCAGAGCAUGUUGCUGAGUUGGAAUUGGAUCGUGACAAUGGUCAGUCAAAGGUGUUACUGAAGCAUUUUGUAGCAGUGCUUGAGCUGGACCGAGACGUCAGAAACCAAAUCGAUGAUCUACGGAAAGAUGUGGAAAACUUUGCUUCCCAAUUUGAAAUGCCCGGUAGCGAUCUAUAA